UAAAGUACGACAUUUAUCUAUGAAAGUCAAAGUCAAUUGAGACGCGUUACAUUUCAAAUCAUUCGACAAUUUAAAUUAUACAAAUAAAUAUGAAGUUAUUAUUUGUAUCAAGUAUUUUUUUGGCAAUGAUAAUUGCAACAGUAAUUGCCGAUGAACCAAGUAUUGGAAAUAGAGAUUUUUCAGUGACAAAUCCACCACUUAUUAAUCGUCCAAAACCCAUUCAAAGACCAUCAUCAUUAGGAGGAGGUAAUUUACGUUGGCGUAGAUCACCUGAACCACAACCACAAGGAUCAAUUGUUUUGCAAGGACAAAAACCAUUGAGUGGACCAGAAAGACGUCCAACUUGGAAUCUCGAUUAUCAACACAAUAUUUGGCAAGGUAAAGAUGGACGAAUUAGUGCAUCUGGUGGUGCACUUAAAUUACCUGGUCAACGAGUACAACCUCAAGUUGGCAUUCAAGGUCAAUGGAGAUUCCGUUAAUUUUAUUAUUUAAAUAUUUUGAUAUAUAAGUAUAAAAAAAUUGAAAAUGCUGCAGUUUAAAUUAAAUCGAGUGCCAUUAUUUGUAUUGUGUGUACAACGCAAGUUUAUGAAAAAUAAUAAUAAUAACAACAACAUUUUGUACAUUUAAAAAUAAAUAUAAAUAAUUACCACCACA